AUGAGUAAAACAAAAAAACGCAUUGAGGCAUUAUCCGAGCUCUUUGAAAGUGAGAAGUCGUACAUCAAAGAUCUGCAGUUAUGGGAAAGGAGUUUCAGGAUGUGGAUUCUUGGAUGUCCACUGUUUGAGCUCAAGAUUAAGUAUGAGAUAUGCGAUAGAGUGUUUGUUAACAUGGAGAGAAUCAGACUGCAUCAUCAGAGCAUAUUGGAAGACAUGAAGAAACAAAACCUAGAGAUCUAUUCGCAAAUCUCGCAGAGAAUACCUGAUGAUGACAACUCGUUUGUUUUGGACACUGUAGAUCAUGAUAACAAGACUUUAGCAAAGCUGGAGUAUAUAUCAGUAUAUGAAAACAAGCUUGAUGGAUUUAAACUGUAUCUUGAGUAUGUCAGAGGGCUUUCAAAGGCACAGUUUGACCUUGAAAGAUUGAUGGAGUACUAUCCAGAGUUUGCGAGCGGUGUGAAGGACUUCCUGAAGAGCCAUGGCGUUGAUUCUCUUGGAAUUGAGCAUUUCCUAUACAGGCCGUCGCAAAAGCUUGCAAGAUAUCCUCUUCUACUGAAUGCAGUUGUAAAAAACGAAGAAGACGAUGGAUUCAGGAAAAUGUACCUUGGACUCAUAGAGGGAUUUAAGGUGAUUACAAAAAGCGUUGAUCACGAGUUUAAUGUGUUCAGCAUGCAAUUCACGAUAUACAGGCUCGGGGCACGCUUCAGAUACAAAAAGUCCAUCAGGAAUCAGCAAUGCCUGGGAUUAUUUCAGAUCUCAAGAAGUUUGCUGAAAGAAGGAGAUGUGCUUGUAAGAAGCUUAAUAUCCGAAAAACACGUUGAAUACCGGAUGUUUGUGUUUGAUCACGUGGUUCUCGCAUGCAAUAUCCCACAGGAUAGAUUCGAUGAAAUAUGCAUUUGUGAAGAACCAAUGCCUAUGACACGGUUAAAAGUGCUUCGGAAAGAUCCCGGCGUAUUUCCAGAUGCAAUGCCAGUAGGCAUGUGCUCUUCUUUGCUACUGUUUGUGAUGGGAGGCGAAGUGGCUUUGAAGCUUUACUUCAAAGACAGCGGAGAGCGAGACGUGUAUUACUCUAUUAUUCAAAAGGCGGUGCUUAAGGCAAAUUCAAAGCUCAGCAAGAGCAUAUCUAUCGAUGUGUUGUGCUUGAAGAAUGCAGGACAAAUGAAAUAUGUGUGGAAAUCUGGGCACAAUACUCUAGUCAAUGAUACAGAUAGUAACGAGGAUGUUAUGAGUGAAAAUAAUGAGGAUAGUGUUAGUGAGGUUUAUUCAAUGUAUUCUGAAGACAUCCAUGAUCCUGAAGUUGAAGAGGCAAUACUUGACUUUAUCAAGAAGAGAGAAAGCAGUACCUUGAAAAGAAUAUCAAAUGAUGAUAGAAGCCAAUUUGCAGUUGAUUUAACCAGCGAAAGCAUGGAUAAUCAAGAAUCGCUUGAUACCAAAAGUGGAGUAGUAAAGUACGGCACAAUGUCUGGAUGGAGGAUGAUGUUUUCAAGGACUGAAUGCUUCACCAGACAUGUUGAGUUUCCAUUAAUAGCAGCCAGUACCAAAGAUAUGAAGAAUGUAGACUCUAAGCAAGAAGGCAUGUGUAUUUUUGCAAUGGAGAAUGGUGGAGUAUAUUACAGGCUUUCUGAUGUGAAGCCAAGAAAGAUACUUGACAGGAUAGUAGAUAAGGUUGUUUAUGACUCAAUGUACGAAAUCCUGAUGUACACGUCUGAAUCUGUACUGUAUGUGGCUCAUUUUGAUCUUGAAUCGCCAUGCAUUGAAGAGGUGGUUUUGAGCAAGGAUGUUGGCAGCUUCUUCUACAGCUCGACAAGUGGAGGAUCGUAUAUUGUAUUGAUCAGUCCUGAAAGCAGCCAACCGACCUCAGUGUUUCUGUUUUUAAUUGGCAUGUCGAAAGAAUCAAUUGACAUAAGGUUUCUGAAAAGGAUGUGUGUUGGAUUCCGAGUGUCCAGUGUUCUGCUCUGCUCAGAGCGGAUAGUGCUUGCAUGCAAGGACUUUGAAAUGAUAGACAUGGACACACUCAGAGCCGAGAAUGUACUAAACAUGCAGGACCCAUUUCUUCUGAUUCUUUUCAAUAGACUUGAAGCAGCAAUAGCUAUUUCGAUUCUUCCAAUAUCACAGCAUUCGUUCCUGGUAUGCUUCAGCUCGAUGGGAUUCGUUAUUCAUGAGGAUGGAAGGCCAAAGAGAACAGGCGUGGUUUUUCUGUGGGAUUGUGAGCCUGUUGAGUUCAAACUGGCAAAAGGACAUGUGAUAUGCCUUGGGCAUGAUUGCGUAAGUGUUUUUGAUCUCAAAACAGGAGUGCUGAUUUUUACAAAGUACCAGAAAGGUUUACGCUUUGUAGCAGGGAGUUCAGAACCUUUGCUACAUGAUGGCGAAUGUAUAUACACACUGGUUUUUGAAGAACAUCAACAAUCAGAACACUCAGUUUGA